GCAUGGAGAAGACAUGAUUGUUACUCCUUUUGCACAGGCGAACAUCUGGUCCCGUCAAUCCCCUCUCUACCUCUAAGGUCAAUCUAUCAGAGGAUGCCUACCAAAAGUUGGCUAUCGAGACCUUGGAAGAGUUGGACUGGUGCCUGGAUCAGCUGGAGACUUUGCAAACACGUCAUUCAGUCAGCGAGAUGGCUUCCAACAAGUUUAGAAGAAUGCUCAAUCGGGAGCUGACACACCUCUCGGAAACAAGCCGUUCUGGAAACCAGGUAUCCGAGUACAUCUCCAACACAUUCUUGGACAAGCAGCAUGAGGUGGAAAUCCCAACCUCUGUUCCCAAAGAAAAAGACAAGGAGAAAAAGAAGCAGCCAAUGUCACAGAUCAGUGGUGUGAAAAAACUGAUGCAUGGCUCCAGCUUCAGUUGUGCUGUCAUCCCUCGUUUUGGAGUAAAAACGGAUCAGGAAGGGGCAUUGGCUAAGGAGCUAGAAGAUGUGAACAAAUGGGGCCUUGAUGUAUUCAAGAUUGCAGAGUAUUCUGGCCACCGCCCACUAACAGUCAUCAUGUACAGCAUCUUCCAGGAAAGGGACUUGCUGAAAUCUUUUCAAAUUCCUGCGGAUACCUUCAUCACAUUCAUGAUGACCCUGGAAGAUCAUUACCAUGCUGAUGUUGCCUACCACAACAACAUUCAUGCAGCUGAUGUUGCCCAAUCCACACACGUAUUGCUUUCAAUGCCAGCUCUGGAGGCUGUUUUCACUGACCUGGAGAUUUUGGCUGCCAUUUUUGCAGCUGCUAUCCAUGAUGUUGACCAUCCUGGCGUUUCUAACCAGUUCCUGAUAAAUACCAAUUCAGAACUGGCACUAAUGUAUAAUGAUGCAUCGGUGUUGGAAAAUCAUCAUUUGGCAGUAGGAUUCAAACUCUUACAAGAGGAAAACUGUGAUAUUUUCCAGAAUCUUUCUAAGAAGCAAAGACAAAUGCUCCGGAAGAUGGCCAUUGACAUGGUUUUGCAGAAUAUUGUACACUGUGCAGAUCUCAGCAACCCCACAAAACCACUAGAGGUUUAUCGCCAGUGGACGGACCGAAUCAUGAUAGAAUUCUUCCACCAAGGAGAUCGUGAGCGGGAGAAGGGCAUGGAGAUUAGCCCAAUGUGUGAUAAACACAAUGCCUCCAUAGAAAAGUCUCAGGUGGGAUUCAUUGAUUAUAUUGCUCAUCCGCUUUGGGAAACCUGGGCUGAUUUAGUUCAUCCUGAUGCUCAGGACAUUCUGGAUACUUUAGAAGACAACCGAGAAUGGUAUCAGAGCAUGAUUCCUCACAGUCCUUCACCUCCCCCAGAUGCAUCAGAUUUAGAGAAAAGUGGAGGAGACAAAUUCAAGUUUCAGCUUACUUUAGAGGAAGAAGAUGGAGAAGAAUCAGAUAUUGAACCAGAGAUUGAGAGCCCUUUGGAAGAGGAUAAUAGUGAAUCCAAAACCUUGGGGACAACCGAUGAUUCAGAAUCUGCAAACGAGCCAUUGCCUUCUCCAACAGACAAAUUGGGCAGCCCCCACAGAAACGUCCUAAUCAAACAAAAGGGUGCACUGAACUUUGACAACCAAAGAACACUUUUACAGACGGAUAGUGGUUCCAUAGCAGACCCAGCUGAGUUAGCAAGAAGAGAGAGCCUGACUGAUGCACAAUCAUGUCUUGACAUGGAAGGAAAUAUCACCUUUUUGCCUCUUGGGACGUAGUGAAGGGAAGGCCAGAUGAUGAUUACAUUCUGGCAGGGCCAGAAGGGGAACAUCCCAAAUCUUGCUGCCAGCAACCUAUGAUUUCACUCCCCAUUGUAAGGGAGUGUUACUAUUAACAUUUUCUUCCUCAAAGAAAUCUGUAGCUUGAACCACAUUAUUUGCCCAGGUGGCGAAAUAUCAGAGAUCAGACUAUGCCUGUCAUGUCUUCCUUCCAGUGUUGCUACUCAGCAUCUGAGUUGUACCUGGCAAAUGGAAAAAUUCUUCCCGCUGGACUUGUCACUAUCACUAAUUUCUUAUUUUGGUUUCGACUUGGAAAUAGUCUGCAUCUUGUUUUAAGAAAGCCCAGGUGGAAAUACAGCUUUUAGUUCAGUGUAAUGUUUUGCCUGAAGAUAAACACAGGUUCAGUCUCUGACAUCUUUAGUCUUCUUUUU